CUAGCUCCAAAACUCCAUAGACAGACGCCGAGAGCUGGCGAUAGUAUCUCAAAGAAGCAAGGCAUCGAAAUUCGAAGGCCACUCUGAUUCAACACUGCACGAAAACCUUAUCUUAUACAUAUAUAUUCCGAUUUUCAAUAUUCUUCCGGAAAUUUUCCAGGAAAAAUUAGAACUGCAGCCUCCACUCACAUCUCUACUCUGAUAGAAUUAGGUUCUUUUUUUUUUUUAAUUUUAUCUGGGAUUAGCGGAUAUCUGGUUUUUGGGAUAUCGAUGGGCUUGAUGGUGGUUGUGCACUGAUGUCACUGUUCUGGAUUGUGAUUCGUCGGCUUGCAGAGAUCGAGGCAAUGGCUAUGUCGAAAAAGGUGAUUACAAGAGAAGAGUGGGAAAAGAAGCUCAAUGAUGUAAACAUUAGGAAAAAAGACAUGAAUAAAUUGGUGAUGAAUUUUCUUGUUACUGAGGGUUAUGUUGAUGCUGCCGAGAAAUUCCGGAUGGAGUCUGGAACUGAACCAGAUAUAGAUCUUGCAACAAUCACAGAUCGCAUGGCUGUUAAGAAGGCAGUACAAUCUGGAAAUGUGGAGGAUGCAAUUGAGAAAGUUAAUGAUUUAAAUCCUGAGAUACUGGAUACAAAUCCCCAACUGUUUUUCCAUCUCCAACAGCAGCGGUUGAUAGAAUUGAUUCGAAAUGGAAAAGUAGAAGAGGCUUUGGAGUUUGCUCAGGAGGAGCUUGCACCUAGGGGUGAAGAAAAUCAAAGUUUUUUAGAAGAGUUGGAGAGGACUGUUGCGCUGCUGGCUUUUGAAGAUGUCACCAACUGCCCUGUUGGAGAACUUCUGGACAUUUCACAACGCCUGAAGACAGCUAGUGAAGUGAAUGCAGCCAUCCUAACUAGCCAGAGUCAUGAAAAAGAUCCAAAGCUUCCAAGUUUGUUAAAAAUGUUGAUAUGGGCUCAGAACCAACUUGAUGAGAAAGCUGCUUAUCCUCGAAUAAACGACCUAUCUACUGCCAUGCUUGAAGACCCUUCAGUUUGAAAGGCUAUGUGGUGUUGUGGAAGAUUUGGAUCGUCUUAGAAUGAAAACAUGUAGUUGAUGAAAUCAUCAAAUUUGUGUAUUGUGUUUACAUAAUGACUCUAGGCAGUUAUUUGUUGGAUGAUGAUAGAAUUUGAUUGAUGAUAGAAUUUGGUUGAUGCUUAUUCUCUUCUUCUAAGAUGUUCAAUGGCCUAAACUCUGGUGUAAUUGAUUUUUUUUUUACAAAUGCAAUCAGCUUUAUUUG